UGUGUGUCCUGCCCCUCUUGGCUCAGAGCUGCACGUGCCCCACGCCCAGCAGGCGGGAACGUCAGGGCGCACACAGGGAUCCCAGUAGGGUCUAGCACCUGUUCCCAUCUCCGGUCGCUGCCUCAGCCCCAGGGAGGGCCAAACAGAGCAGUUCCCUUCAAAGCCAUGCCAACAAGAGGCUGGGACACGCUUGGCUUAGGGCUCCCUGUAGCAGAUCGCAGCCUAGGCUAGGGUGCAAAGACAGCAGGACAUGGCAGCACCCACCUCCCCGAAAGGAGGCAGAGGCAGUUGCUGUGGGGAGGAGCCCUGGGACCUCUCUGUCUUCAUCCCGUCUCUGGGCCUCGACACAGAUCCCUGGGGCUGCGAGCACGAGAAAACAACACAGCACUUCCCAGUCUCCUCACAAGGAUGCACCAGCUCUGCAACCUCCGGGAAGCUGGGUGCCUGGGGGGCUGUGGCGAGGCCCUGGCUCAGCCCAAGGCUGGGCUCCUGCCCCGCGUUCAUCCUGCCAGUUCCAAAGCUCUGCAAUGUCAGGGUCAAGGUCUCCAUCCGCGAGCUGGGCACCUUCCAAACAUCAGUGCAGAGGCCAAGCACAUCUGGAAGGGCCAGGAGCAGGUAUGAAGCCGUGCCAUCACCCAGGUCAAGGAGGCCAUUGGGCAGCAGUUCUUUGACCACUUUGAGUCUGAGGGGCAGGUCCCCAGUGCAGGGGUGUGAACGUGAUGGCCUUGGGGCAGGAACCCUGUGGGGGGACCUAUGCUGGGGCAGGACAGGGACCAGCUUGGGGAAUGGAUUUAUGGAGACCGCGCCUGGUCAUACCAAUGGGAGCUGUGCCAGUGUCCCAGCCUGGGCUGGGCAACCUCUGCCCAUGCAAAGUCCUGCAAAGUCCAGGGCUGUGUUCAUGCUGCCACCAUGUGCACGCAGGCUGCAUGGGAUGGUGCAGCCGACCGUGUGGCCUCAGCUCUGCCCUGCCCAAGCCUCAGCCCAGCCCAGGAGGCCCAGCUGCUGUCCUGCCAUUGUGAAGGUGCCCAGACUGAUCCAGGGCUCCCCUCUCCCUCAUGCUUCCUGUUCUAGCCCAGCUGGGCUGCUCACUGCCAGACUGUCCUCUGCACAGACCACAGGAACAACCGCUACCCCUGCCUGGUCAUCAAUGCCACAGAGCAUGCACUGACGGCUUAGCACCCUCGAACCUGCUACUCCUGCAGGUGGGAUGCCAAGCUCUUCUAGCUCACGCUGAGCUUCGUGGCCUCGUGGGUAGACCUCGGGCUGCCCUGUGCUCAGCUGAGGCCUGCCCAGGGCAGCUUGGCAGCAAGUGAGCCAUGAGCCAUGUGGUGGUGGUGAUGCCCUGGUUUGAAUAGCAGUGUCUUAACAGGACCCGCUCUUCUGUAGCUGAAAUCCAAGCACCGCUGGGGCUGCGCUCUGCAAGUGGGCUAUGGGCAGCAGCAGCCCACACUUCUGAGCAUGGGCGACUGGUGCCAUCACCCAGGUCAAGGAGGCCAUUGGGCAGCAGUUCUUUGACCACUUGGGUAAAAGUCCAGUGCUGAAUUGCAACCACCUGACUGGGCCAGCUCCUCCCAGGCUGACAGGCACCCAGCUAUUGAUGACUUGCGAGGAGCUGCUGGAAACCUCCCCAGAGGUGGUCGCAUUUGGACACAGCUCUGACCUCAGGUGGCUGUUCCCCCACGCCUGUGAAGAUGUGGCUGUACCUGGUGGCCCUGCUGGCGCUGUACCUCCUGUGCCGAUGGUACCGGGAGCGGCAGACGGUCGGGAACCUCCCGGACAAACAUGUCUUCAUCACGGGCUGCGACUCCGGCUUCGGGCACCUGCUGGCCAAGCAGCUGGACGGGCGGGGGCUGCGGGUGCUGGCGGCGUGUCUGACGGAGCAGGGGGCCGAGUGGCUGCGGCAGGCGACGUCGGGGAGGCUGCAGACGGUGAUCCUGGCUGUCACUCGCUCCGACAGCAUUGCCGCGGCCACUGCCUGGGUGAAGGGGCAUGUGGGGGACCGAGGGCUCUGGGGCCUGGUGAACAAUGCCGGGGUGGUGCUGCCAGUGGCCCCCAACGAGUGGCUGAGCAAGGCUGACUUCGUCAGGGUGCUGGACGUGAACCUGGUGGGGCUGAUCGAGGUGACGCUGAGCCUGCUGCCCCUGGUGCGCAGAGCCCGGGGACGCGUUGUCAACGUGGCCAGCAUCCUGGGCAGACUGGCCUUCUGUGGUGGUGGCUACUGCCCUUCCAAGUACGGUGUGGAGGCCUUCUCCGACUCACUCAGGCGCGAGCUCUGGUCCUUCGGGGUGAAGGUGGCAAUGGUGGAGCCGGGCUACUUCCGCACGCCCAUGACACACGUUGAGAACAACCUGGGCUGCCUGAAGCAGGCAUGGCAGUGUGCCUCGCCGGAGGUCCGGGAGAGCUACGGGCAGCAGUACUUCGAGACCCUCUACAGGCUGUCCCAGGAGAAGCUGCAGAAGGGGUGCAGCUCCAACCUACACCUGGUCACCGACUGCAUGGAGCACGCGCUGACCGCCCAGCACCCCCGCACCCGCUACUCCGGCGGCUGGGACGCCCAGUUCUUCUUCAUCCCCCUCUCCUACAUGCCCACGGCUGUGGCCGACCUAGUGCUGACCUGGUCUUGGCCCAAACCAGCCCAGGCUGCGUAAGGGGAGGAGGUAGGGGGAGUCUGGGAGGUGGGUGGCAUCAGAUCCGUAUCCCCAACACAGCAGAGCUAAGCCCCUCACGCCCCUCACUCCCUACAGCCAGGGACCGGGUUCCUCGGCUUAAUGCUUCUGACCAAACCCUGCAGACACUUGGGGGGAGGGGGUAACAAGUGAUUAACAAGCAAUUAGUGUGCAAGGAAAACCCCAAGGAGUUCCCAGGGGCACUGCAGGACGCUUGCUAGCCAUGCUGAGACAGGCAGAGCAGCUGAGUAUGGGGGACUUACUAUGCUGGGGUAGGUGGGACCCUGUUGCUCCCGGGCUGGGCAGGGCCCUGAUAUACACACAGCCAAGCAGUGGGGAGCUUGUGCAAUGCUGGGGACCCCAGUGAUGUCCAAGGCCAUGCAGAACCAGCUCAGCCCAUUUGUGGCCCAAAAGGCCCCUGCUCCAGGGGACCGAUUCUCCCCGCAGCCUCUGCAACAAAGCUGCAGCAGUGGUGUGAGUGGGCGCGUUGGACAGGGGCUGUGUCUUCCCCUGAGGGGCUGCGGCAUGGGACGUAUGAGCUCUGCACGAGGCUGCAGCCUGAUCUGCCCCCCCCCCGCCCUGCAUCCGUACCAAGAUAUGUUGUUUCCUGGGGCUCCCUCUGCCACCUGCCUGCCAGCGCCCACCUGCUCUCGCUCCUAGACUGUAAGCUCUGUGGGGCAGGGCAUAUCUCCCGGUCCCGUUUGCCUGGCGCCACAGCAUCCCGCUCACAGCAGCGCCCACAAUAAAGGAACGUGCCCCGCUGAAUCCAGUCUGCCUGCCAGGCCAAGAGGGCAAGGACUCCUUCCCCCGAGGAAGUCUGAUUUUCCGUGUUCCCUGAAGAACAGCAAAAGCCAGGGUCACGUCUCACAGUCUGGCAAUACAGAGGCUAACGCAG